UUUAAUAUAUGUAGGAGGGCUUCAAAUUAAGCUUAUUUCAAUUUUGAAGAACAUAUAAUUGGAAAGUAGAACCCUAAAUUACGUCAUCGUCUCACUCCGGCGAGUAACCGCUUCGGUUGAAGAUCGUCGGCGGAGCUUCAAGGCAUUUAAAAAAUGGCUAUGUAUAUUCGUGUUAAGCGCAAUAAGACGACCUAUUUUCUUCAAUGUGAUGCUACUGAGAAGAUUCUAGACAUUAAGCAAAAGUUGCAUGACCUCAUCGAUCAACCAGUUAAUGAUCAGCGUCUCAUUUUAGUAUCAACUGGAGAAGUCUUGGAUGAUUCAAAGACAUUGGCAGAUCAAAAGGUUGAAAAUGAUGCUGUUGUGGCACUUGUCUUGCGAAAAGAUGACAAUGAAUUUGAAGAUGUGAACAUAGUGAAACCUGAUGAUUUUUAUCAGCCGCGUGAUGCGGACACAACAGGCAGUUGGUAAGGUAGAAGAAAAUGUGCAUGGGAGCAAGAAAAAGCUGUAAAAUUACUGGAUUUUUAAACAUUUUGUAAGCCUGAUAAUGUUACUUUCUGUUUUAACGUUCACCACAAUUAUAAUCUCCAUUCCUUAUGUUCCUAGUUGAUGGGUAAUAUGAGAGUAAUCGAAUCA